AAAGAUUUUUGCACCCUAAUGAGCGAGUGAGUGGGAGAGAGAGAGAGAGAGAGAGGGUUAAGAAAUGAGCUGUGUUUAGUUUGGACUGCUGAAGAAACCCGGGAUUUAUAUCAAAGUUAUUCGGAACUGUUUUUAUUUUUAUUUUUAAACACUUUAUGAAGAGUCAUGGAGUUCACAGUGGACGUCGCGCGCGCUUCAUUCAUUAACGUUUCCUCUGGGCAGGUUUAGCAUGUUAGCAUCGCAGCUCGGAGUUGCGUACAGGAGUGCGCGAGUAGUAUGUAAGAGCUAAAAAGUGUUUGAGAUUAAAUUUGUUUAAAGUUUGUUUCCUGAGCUGGAAAUGGCGUGUAUAGUGAAAUAAGGUUGAGAAAAGCGAGAAGUUUGUGUGUUCGGGGGAAACGGCUCGCGACCUGCUCGAGAGAGUUCCGCUUCCUCUACGCACAACUUUUUAAACGGCUUUUUUUUAAAUAUUAUUUUUUAAAGCUCAUGACUUUAGAGCACCUUAAACACUCCGCUGUAUUUUCUCCUUUCUUUAAAAUGGCUGAUCAUAAUGACUUACUAGGAGCGUCUGAGUUUAUGAAAGAUCGGCUCUAUUUCGCCACACUGAGAAGCAAACCGAAGAGCACAGUAAACACACACUAUUUCUGCACAGAUGAUGAGUUUGUGUAUGAAAACUUUUAUGCAGAUUUUGGGCCUCUCAACCUUGCCAUGCUGUUUAGGUACUGCUGUAAACUCAACAAAAAGUUAAAGUCUUUCACACUGACCAGAAAGAGGAUCGUGCACUACACAAGCUUCGACCAGCGCAAGAGGGCGAAUGCUGCUGUUCUCAUCGGUGCCUACGCUGUGAUUUACCUGAAGAAAACUCCAGAAGAAGCGUACAGAGCUUUAAUCUCUGGCUCUAAUGCCUCUUACCUGCCAUUCAGGGAUGCAUCAUUUGGAAAUUGCACAUACAACCUGACUGUUCUGGACUGUUUGCAUGGCAUCAGGAAGGCUCUACAGCACGGCUUCUUGAACUUUGAGACGUUUGACGUAACUGAGUAUGAGCACUAUGAGCGUGUAGAGAACGGAGACUUCAACUGGAUCGUCCCCAGCAAAUUCCUGGCCUUCAGUGGGCCGCACCCAAAGAGUAAAGUAGAAAACGGCUAUCCCCUCCAUGCCCCCGAGGCUUACUUCCCAUACUUUCGUAAGCACAACAUCACCACCAUCGUCCGCCUCAACAAGAAGAUCUAUGAUGCCAAGCGCUUCACAGAUGCUGGCUUUGACCACUAUGACCUGUUCUUUGUGGACGGCAGCACGCCCAGCGAUAUCAUCAUGCGCCGCUUUCUGCAUAUCUGCGAGAGCACGGAUGGUGCCGUCGCUGUCCACUGCAAAGCUGGUUUGGGCAGGACAGGCACGCUGAUUGGCUGCUACCUGAUGAAACACUACCGAUUCACUGCAGCUGAAACCAUCGCCUGGAUCCGUAUCUGCAGACCUGGCUCCAUCAUUGGACCCCAACAGCACUUCCUCGAAGAGAAGCAGACGAAUCUGUGGGCUCAAGGAGAUGCACUUCGCUCAAAGCAGCAGAAAUCGCGGAUGUGUGUGGAAACCAGUGUUCCUCGCCUCAUCUCUAGCAUGGAUGACCUGACCAUCAGCAACAGCGUCUUCAGAUCUGGCAGCAUGGAAGAGAAUGGUGAAUACAGUGAAAACAGUCUCAGCAUGACUCAAGGAGACAAACUGCGUGCCUUAAAGGGCCGGAGGCAGCCCAGGUCGUCCACCUCCACAACUCUGAGACUGACUGGCUGCAGUACUCAUGACCCAGGUUCACCCCUCAAAUCCUCCAAAUUGCCAUCCUCCUCUUCUACCUCUGCCUUGGCCAAGAGAAUUGGCCGAAUCUCCUCUUCGUCUUCAAACAACCUAAAGAGCUCCUGUCUAAACUCCAGAUUAGCCACCUCAUUGGGCAACCUGUAUGUCAUCACUGGAGACCCUGGUAAUAAUCCUCGACCCUUGUUUGCGUCCUCUUCUCCGUCCUCGUCUCCGUCCUUUCCUGUGCCCCGUGCCACAUUUGCCAGUAUCUCGGCUCUGGCUGUGCACAAUUUGCACUAUGAGGUCAACAACAACAGUGAUCAGUAUAACUCCUCCAAUGCCAAUUCCAAGACCUCGGCAUUGCGCAACCACAACCACAGCAGCCUGGGUGGAGCCUCCACCCCUGGGAAGUUUGGCUUGGAGGAGCCAUGUCAGAAUCUGGUCACCACAGGUCUGAGUCGGCCCUCGGCCCGCUACCUCAGCCGCUCCAUUCCCUCCCUUCAGUCGGAGUGUGUUCGGUACUAAAGCUGCAACUCUGCACUGAUCCUGAACCUGUCCUCCUGGUCUGUCAUUCUCCACUUGCUGACAUCCAGCCUGCUUUGUGAGCACAAAAGGAACUGAAUAAAGCCAGAGGUGCUGGAACUGGGUCCGUGGGUGUCGGCUAAAGAGCCAGUGUUAAAACUCAUAAUUAUCUCUGUUGAAAUAGAUGUUCUCUUGUACUCUCUCUCUCUCUAUCUAUCUAUCUAUCUAUCUAUAUAUAUAUAUAUAUAUAUAUAUAUAUAUAUAUAUAUAUAUAUAUAUAUAUAUGCGCAGAUGUAUUAAGGAAAGAGAUUAUAUUUAGAGAGAAUUUUUUUAACUGUUUGUCUGUACUUUUUUGCUCUGUGAUCCAUAUCUUAUCCAUAUCUAAGGCUUGCUGAUGUAAAGUGUACAAGUAGUUUUUCUGUUUCAAAGGAAAAUUCCAGGAUUUUUUUUUUAAAGCUGGGCCCUAUUUUCCCCAUCUCUUUGGAUCCAGUUAUUUACUAUGGACAAAAAUGAAUGAAAUUGGAUCAGUUUUGUUAGAAUGCUUUAACUGGCAAUCACAAAAUGGUGAUACAACGUACAGUAAUCUUAUCGGGAAAACAUCCAUGUUAAAGUAAGCUAUUUGUUUUCCCCACUGAUAGACUUCAUAAUGUUAUUAUAAGUGCCUGACAAUAUGGAAAGGAUCCUACAGAGAUGCACCUGUCUGUUUACCUCAGUAACUGUCAAAUAACUGUAGAAUACAUAGUUUACGUAGAAUCUAAAUAGUUUCUACAGUCAUUGUUUUACCUUUUUCUUCUUCUGGGCUCUGAUGCAACACCCUAUUCAAUGCCUGUAGCUGAUUAUCGCACGGAGGCUGUUUUCUGGUAAAACAAUGACUGCCAGUUUUAGAAUUUUAACUUAAUACUGGACUGAUGGGACCAGUGAUGAGGAAAAUAGGGCCCAGGUUAAAAAUCCCUGCAGCUUGCCUUUAAGAAAAUUUGUUUAAAGGUGUCUAUUUUGUAAUGAUCUUCAAAAUAUAAAUGACAUAUCAAACGUACAGUAUGAGGGAUAAACUGAGGGAUGCAAAUGUAUUAAAUGUAUUAAUCAAGCUAAGCUUUAACAGGUUCAUAUAUGCAGUAUAGUGUUCAGGGAAAGAAAUACUGGCACAAAUUCAGGGCAGAGUUCAUAUGGACACUUAUCAGAAACAUAUUAAAUGUGGAAGUUCGGCCCCUGUCCACUUUUUAUUUUAUUUUAUUUUAUCAAAAGUUUAGCCAGACAAUAGUGUAAAUUUCACACAUGGAUGUUUUGGUAAACGUUGUCUGUCAUUUUGUUUUUAUUAAAAAUCAGUCAUGUGGACAGAUUUACUUUGGACAGUCAGCUGGACAUGGAGCUUCCAAAAAGAGAAAAUAUAAACAGUGGAUGCAAUACAUAAACUAGUUAUUUAUAUAAUAAAUAAUCCAAGGUCUGUGUGCUAGGGUGAUUUGUGAUUUCUACCAGCACGCUGAAUGUUGAUUCACUGUUUUCUGUCAUUGUCAGUCCUCCAUACCUUUUUUUUUUUUCCCCCCCCUUUUGGAUAAUUUACAACCCCAGUUCCAAAAAAGUUGGGAUGAUGUGUAAAAUGUAAAUAAAAACAGCAUGUGAUCAUUUGCAAAUCAUGGAAACUCUAUUUUAUUGAAAAUAGUACAAAGACAACAUGUCAAAUGUUGAAACUGAGAAAAUUGUUUUUUGAAAAAUAUAUGCUCAUUUUGAAUUUGAUGUCAGUAACACGUUUCAAAAAAGCUACAAAAGACUUGGAAAAGUUGUGUUUAAAAAAAAAAAACCCUCAUUAGGUUAAUUGGCAGCAGGUCAGUAACAUGAUUUAGGUAUUUAAAAAAAAAAAAAAGCAUCCGAAAGGCCCAGUCUAUCCAAAGUCAAGAUGGGGAGGGGUUCACCACUCUGGAAAAAACAAUAAAAUGUACUCCGUUUCAACAUUUGAUAUGAUAUCUGAAUUGGGGUUGUAAUUUAAAAAAAAAAAAAAAAAUUAUGGAUUAGUUCCAGUUCUGCAAAAUGCUUAGUCACAAAUCAGAUUCUGAUUUCUUUUAAGGUUGCGUUGUAAAGCAGGAAUGUCCUGAUAUUUUUGACAAGUAAAAGACAUUUACAUUGACACAA